GUUUACUUUCAUUUGACGUGAGGGUACUGCCUUUAAGAACAGGAUGAUUGAAAAUGAUGAUACACCAUCCCCUCUUACUCAGCUAGCUGUGGAACCAAGUAUUGACCCUUUGCAAGAUUUUUUAUUCAACACUCCAAGAAUAACUAUUCAGGGAUUGAAGGAUUCUCAGCAGGAGGGGAUGUAUGUUGUGCUUGGAACUGUCAAACAGAUUGUGAACCCUGAGAAUUGGUACUACACGGCCUGUAUGUGCAACAAAUCUGUAUAUCCUGCUGAGGGGAUGCACUUCUGCGAGAAGUGUAAUAGGCAUGUGGUCAAAGUGUUUCCAAGGUAUUCUAUAAAGGUGCGAGUUGUGGAUGAUAGUGAUUGUGCAACCUUUGUUUUGUUUGACCGUGAUGCAACAAUGUUGUUCAAUAAAAGUUGUGCUGACAUUUUGGAAACACAUAGGGCUGACGAGGGUGUGCUUCCAACUGAGAUUGGUGCAUUGGUCAACUGCACAUACCUGUUCAAGGUUGAAUUCAAAACUGCUAUCAGUCCUAGAUUUGAGCAAUCAUUUAGGGUGAAGAAAGUGUGCACUGAUGGGGUGAUUAUCAACCAGUUUAAGGCAAAGUGGGCUAAGGAAGAAGCAACCUUUAUAAAAAAUACCAAUGAGAUGGGGUCUUUGAGUUCUCUGUUGGACAAGGGGAAGGAUAUGUUAGUGGUUGGUUCAUCAAGUGUCCAAUCACAUGACCUUGGAAGUUUGAGCGAAACCAUUGAUAAAGACAAAAACAUCAUUGUUGAGGGAACACCUAUUGGAAUAUCUGAAGAUCUGUUGCCUAAAUUUUCUUCUGUUGCGGUUGACCUUGAUGUUGGUGCAUCAAAGAAAGUAUCUAACUGCUGUUUGGUCAAGUCAACUACACGCAAAAUUGUCAAAAGAGUUUUACCUCAACCUGAAAUUAAUGAAGUUGAGGAAAUCAACCUUCCCAUCAAAUUGCUCAAGAGGAACAUUAAGAUUGAAAAAAUUUAGUCACAUGAUUGACUGUACUUGGCUGGUUGUAGUUUGGUUUUUUUAGAUACCCGUGUCAUCAUGGCUGGAAAUGUUUGAUUAAGUUUAUGUGUUUUGCUAUGCAAUUCAAAAGGUCAAAGAUAUUGACCCUCUGUUAGUUUCUUCAUUUUGGUUGUAAUUUCUAAGUACAAUUUGAGUCCAGUGGCAGUGGGCCAAUUAGUAGUAAUCUGUUUAAGUCAGCUGUAAUCCCAGUUGCAGUGGACCUUUUCAUUUGUGGUUUAUUUAAGUUAGUAGUAGUCUUAUUUAAGUACUGUUUAAUCCCAGUGGCAGUGGGCCUGUUAUUUUGUAACUCUAAUGCCCAUGUGGCAGAUUUGGCAAUAGA